GAGGAGUGUCAGGCCAAGGGACGCUGUUGUUGGAAAUUGAGCGAGAGAGAGAGAGAGAGAGAGAGAGAGAGAGAGAGAGAGAGAGAGAGAGAGAGAGAGAGAGAGAGGUACAGAGGUAUAGGCACGUAGAGACAGCACAGGGAAGAGUGGAGAGUGGCACAUAAAAAAAAAAGCACACUGACUACGGGAGAGACAUCAAGAUAAAAGUUCUCACUUCCACAGGGAACGCGGUGAUCAGCUGAGUCCUCGGCGGAAUUAUCUUGGCAUCUGACCCCGGAAAGACCGAAGAGCAAAGGGGAUCUGGGGAACGAGGGAAGGGGACGACACCGUUAUGGCGACGCUCCUGCAGGACACUAAGGAGUCGGGGAACUUCCGGCUGCGCGGAAGAGAGGUGCUGGGGUCCCGCGACGACAUCCUGUCUCACUCCAUCGAGGAGAUCCUCAGGAAGCCCUCCGGGAGAGGAGCUCCUCCAGGAGCCAUGUUGGAAGGAGAUCUGGAGGAGCGUGAACCUCCACACCCAUCUGCUUAUCCAGAGGGGACGACCCAUCCAAACAGAGGCCGCGGCUGCAACACCGAGCCCUCGCCAGCCGGACGUAACACUCCGGGACGUGACCUCUCUCCAGGGGUGUCUUCUGCAGGAGAACCGGAGCACCAGAGGGGGGGUGGAAAGGCGGCCCGGCAGGAAAACGGGAGCCGUCCGGGUCCAGCUGAGAGGAAGCACAAGCGGAGGGCGAGGACCACCUUCACGGCAAGCCAGCUGGAGGAACUGGAGAAAGUCUUCAGGAACACGCACUAUCCCGACGUUCACACCAGGGACCAACUGGCCGCAAAGACACGGCUCUCCGACGGCCGAGUGCAGAUCUGGUUCCAGAACAGAAGAGCGAAAUGGCGACGACGCGAAACGAUGGGCAACGUGACGCAGAAAGACCUGGUCCCUGGACCCAGACCUUACCUUUCUAUUACCCUGGCUGACAGGUUUUGCCACCCGUCUCCCGUGGCCGGACCCGUGCUACCCUGGUCCUGCCCUUUGGCGGCCAAAGCCGGCCUACCUGGGAUAUCACCUGCCUCUCCGACCGGCUGCCUUCCCCACUGCUCAUCUAAGCUCCACUCCCCGUCUGCACCGUACCCGCUGCCCGCAGCCCCUGCGUACACUUGGCUCCGGGGCACGCGGCCCACCCGUGGAUAUGCCUUCGGCUCACAGGGUGUCAUUGUUAUAUAGUGUUAAAACUGAACUGCGACCCGUUGGACGCCCGCAUUCAGUCAUGCCGCAUGUCGUUAGAAAUAGCAGCAAGAUCUUGUCUGAAUGUUGCCGCUUCGAACGAUCAUUUUUUUCGUCAUGCGCGCAAACGAAAAUAAGCCAGACUCUGAAUUCGCUUCCGAUUACAGGUUCUCGCCCCGGUCGGCCGCAUCUGCUGUCGAUAAUAGAAAAACUGUUUGCGCCGGUCAGCUCGCACACGUCUUUUCCAUGCUUCCUGUUUCAGUUUUUAUUAAUUUAUUCCUUCAUAUUAAACGUCUUUGACAGAACACUGCGAUAAGGAUGAAGGAACACUAACCUGUGGGAAACACUAAAAGAGGAUUGCGAAGCAGAGAGAGGGAAACCAAAGGACCUCCCCAAGUUCAGCUUCUUAUCAGGAUGCAAUUAGAGGGCAAUAGGUAUAUUAAGGUUUAUAUCUUUUACUCGCAGUAUCACUCCUUGUCUAGUGUUUUCACUGGUUAUGGUGGCUGUAAAUGUGAUUUUAUAUUGCACAUUCUAAUUAUCGCGGUAUUGGUUUAUGGGCCCAGCCAUACAUAGUUCCUUCUUAUCUUAAUUUGGUUGGGGGGUCGUUGUCAGGUGAGCUCACCCAGUGUAAUGCUGAAAUGUGCUCCUCGGAAAUAUAAACCAGGGGUGUCGCGUAUCACGUUUUACAAAUGAAAUUUUUCAGACCUUAGACCUCCAGUUCAAGGACGUUGUUCCGACAUGUUAUUGCCUUUUAUGCCAAACUACCCAAAAUUUUGUCGCGAGACCGCCUAAAGAAAUCUUCAGAGAGCUUGCCAUUAAAAAGAAAGGAUCCGCACUGAUGUGCAAACUUUUUAUGUACCGUUUUUCAUUAGAAAGUAAAAAGUAGAUGCGAACCGUGUCAAUGGGAUAACUUGCUCCAGCGUGAUAUAUUGCUGAAAUGUGCCUGUACAUUAAAAUAUUUUUCCACACAAGCGUCAGCCAGUUCUAUUAAUGUAUAACCGCUGAGAUGUGAUAAUAGGGCACAAAAGCAUUAUUAGUGAGAGAUUACGCUGUCUCGGAUGAUGACGGCUCUAUCGCUUUCAACACGUCACACACAGACCAAGCGGCAGAUGCUGUUUUUCAUAUGCAGCCAGGACAUGUUUUUGGGGAAGCACACACUGAUCCCAUUUCUGCUGCUAUGUGCUCUGUAGUAUGUCUUCAGCAGCCUAACAAUAAACAAUGCCAGAGCACAUGAUUCUCAGUGUCAACAGAAUCUUAAGCUCAUAAAAAGUCUUAUCACAUUUAUAGGGCGAAUGGGUUUGAAAAUGUUGCAAAACAUUGUCGAAAACGUGUUAAGCCAGACUCAGUUUGUCUCUCAUGAGACGUGAACCAGUCAAGGGAAUUUCAAUGGACUGAAAGGGCUUCCUGUGCAGACAUGAGCAGCAUGUUCUCUGUUUUCAUUCUGAAGAGAGAGAAUAUUCUGUGGCAGUGACUGGGUGUGAUUUACCUCGAUGUUUGAUUUAUUUUGAACACAUACAAUGAAUACUGGUGGCAUGAGUUACGCCUGGUGUGUUCCAGUGACCUGUUGUUCAACUUCUUUUAUAGCUCUGACCUUGCCUUGACUCUUAGCCUCACGACUUGUAAACUUUUCAACCGUUUUUAUCUCCCUUUAUAGUACCUUAAUGAUCUACGUGUUGUUAAACACCAUGUGAUGUCCCCCGAUUAUGGGCUGGGAUUAAGAGUACUUCACCAAGAAGGCUCCUCAUCUGCACAUGUCUUUCCAUACAUUAUUUGGAAUGUCACAUUUUAACAAAAAUUUCCUACAUUUUAACAAAAAAAAUUCCACAUCCCCACAGAAAUCUCCAUCAUAUGUAUAGGAAUUCAGUUAAAACAGGAGUCAAUAGAAGAAAAGCUACACAUGGAUGUACACAUAUAGAGAAUACAGAUACUGCACUCAUGACACACAUUUACUCAGAGACAUGUAAAUGUUGAGGUAUAGAUGUAUGUACCGCUGAAUUUUGGGUGUAUUGUAAACUCCACAAAAACUCAGAUGAGGCCAAAUGCACAACAUUUGGGUCAUUUAAAAGUUUCACCAGGCUGUUUAGAGAAAUCUGUUUCAUAAAUAUGCUGCAGUCCUUAAAAAAGUGAU